AGACUACGGAAGAAGCUCUACGGCCUCAUGCGUCGUGAGAAGGAGAACUUCUCGGAGACUGUCCUGGUGGCCCGAUCGAUGCAAGAAGAUCUUUCAAGCUACCUCCACAACCUUACUCACCAGGCGUGGAGAAGGAGGAAGACACACAAACAUUCAACUCGGUCAACUCGGUCAACUUCAAAUUUGCAGCAGACGUCUGCCGAUAUUGCAGCUGGGCCGGACGAGGCUUCGUCGACUUUCCCGGAGUAUGCGACGGAGCUGAAGACGAACUCCGCCCUGCGAAAGCGACUUGCAGAGUUGGAGAGCUUCUUCAGC